UCUCUUCUUUACUUUCUUUAACUAUAGCAGUAGAACAGAACACCCUUCUCUUUACCUUCUCAAGUCACUACACACCCUCUUUGUCUCUCUCUCUUCAAAAGGGUUUUCUACCAAUUAACAUCUGUAAUAAAGUGCCAAACCGUGUUCGUUGCGGGGCACUUGAAUGGGGAAUAUAAAAAUGCAAAGCUUGAAACUUCAAGUUUGAGCAUUUCUUGUAUCAACUUAGCAAACCAGAAGAAACCCAACAAUGUGUAGGAAUUGGGUUGCUUUGGGACUCGUUUUUGUGCUUCUUUCUGGUGAAUUUUCGUCUGUUUCAGCCAUUCCUCCGGCUAAAAUUGUAAGUGGAAUUGUGUCGAAUGUGGUCGCUGGUCUUGUAAAAUGGUUGUGGUCACUAAAAUCUAACACCAAAACAACUGUUUCUAGCCGUUCCUUGAUGAAAUUUGAGGAUGGAUACAUUGUUGAUACUGUGUUUGAUGGAAGUAAGCUUGGGAUUCAACCAUACUCUCUUGAUAUGUCACCAAAUGGGGACCUCCUUGUUUUGGAUUCUGAGAAUAGCAACAUAUAUAGAAUCCCAAUGCCGUUGUCCCGAUAUGCCAGGCCCAAGCUGGUGGCUGGAUCCCCUGAAGGGUACUCUGGACAUGUGGAUGGUAGGCUAAGAGAAGCAAGACUGAACCAUCCUAAAGGUUUAACUGUGGAUGAUAGAGGAAAUGUAUACGUAGCAGAUACAUUGAAUAUGGCUAUACGAAAGAUCAGUGAUUCAGGAGUUACAACUAUAGCUGGAGGAAAAUGGACUCGAGGAGGCGGUCAUGUUGAUGGUCCAAGUGAAGACGCAAAAUUCUCGAACGAUUUUGAUGUGUUUUAUAUCCGAAGUAGCUGCUCUUUAUUGGUUAUAGAUAGAGGGAACCAAGCGAUUCGAGAGAUUCAGCUCCUAUCUGAUGAUUGCUCCUAUCAGUAUGAUGGCAAUUUCCAUUUAGGAAUUUCUGUGCUUGUUGCAGCUGGUUUCUUUGGCUACAUACUGGCAUUGCUGCAAUAUAGAGUGCGGGCAAUGUUUUCUUCCAAAAAUGAUUCAAGAACAUAUAAAAAAGCCAUGCCAAUGCCACCGUACCAAAGGGUUCCCAAUUCAGUCAGGCCUCCUUUGAUUCCUCCUGACAUUGAACCGGAGAUAUCAGACGAGGGGUUUUUUACUUCAAUUGGGCGGCUUUUCAUCAAUACUGGCUCUUCAGCGGCUGAAAUUUUUGGGACUAUAUUUUCAGUCUUUAGAAAAAAGUCCCCCAACUAUCAGUACUUUCAACAGCCAUAUGAACAACAAUUUAAACACUCAAACACAUGGUCGAUUCAAGAAAGCUAUGUUAUUCCGCAUGAAGACGAGCCACCAUCCAUAGAAUCAAGAAGCCCUACGCCCAAGAAAACGUAUCCAUUUAUGGCCAAGGACCUGGAGAAGAGCCACCAUUUGAAGCAAAGUCACGGAAGCUACGGUGGCUGGGAUGUCGAAUAUUACCAACAACAACAAUUGCAGAGGCAAAACCAUCAUCCUCAACACCAGCAGCAGCAGCAGCAUAGACACUCCGCAUCCAACCCUAAGACCUUCUAUGAGCAGAGCUGUGAGACUAAUGAGAUUGUGUUUGGAGCAGUUCAAGAGCAGGAAGGCCGGCGUGAAGCUAUGGUGAUUAAAGCAGUCAACUAUGGCGAUCCUACUAAUAAUCACCAAAAUAUUCGACCCCGACUCAAUUAUACAGGUCGUUCUCAUGGCUACUGAUGAUCGAUCAACCACACCAGAGGUAGAAUACUAGAAUCUUUAAUGUCAUAUCCCCGAUACAGAUAUGAUUGGUAAGACAUGUUAGAAUCGGCUUACUGUUUUGUACUGUUUUUUUGCCUUGUAAGACAUAUUUGGUCUGAGAGUUUGUUCUUGGCAACAGCUUGUAUAUUAGAUUUUCUUCUUCAGUAAUUGUAUAACACACACUAUAUCAGAACUUUAAGAAUCACAAUGGCAUCAUACCCAGAAAGAACAAAGGAAAAAAUGAUCUAAAAAUUCAAAAUAUUUCUGAAAGACUGGAGCUUUGUCCAAGUCAAACAACUGUCUUAACCACUAUUGUGCCUUUGUGUUUACUACUAAUGUCCAUCCCCACCACCACUUGGACCUGAAUUCUUGAUUCCCCAGAGACCAAGAUCUUCAAUUACUCCAGCAAGCUGACGAAAAAUUAGCUCUCCUUGGUUGGGAGGACCAGGCUUCAAUGGCCGCCCUUGUACGGUCACAACCGACACCAUGUAGAUCAAGAAAAUAACUAAGAAAAGAAUCUGAACUUGUCUAAACAUUGUAAAAAUGUAAAAAAAAGUACUGACCAAGAGAGUUUGCUUUGGUUGGUGGUGUUGUUUGAAUUGAAUAUGGAAUUGUUAUGCAA